GUAAGUGAAAGAAAAGACCAAACUCACAAACACAAUUUGUAUAUUUCAUGAAGCUUUUGGGCAUGUCUAACUUUAGUUCUUAAGAGGUUUAAUCUAAUUUCCUUCGCUAAAUAUAAAAAAUGAAGAAGUUUAAUUGAGGAAAAAUGAAGAUUGAGCUUAAUAUUUCCAUUAAACAAUUUCAAAGUCAAACAAAAUUUUCAAAGAAAAAAAGCAGCACAGACACAAUUACUGAGUGUGGUGGGGAAGGGUCAUAAUGCAUAUCGUCCACAAGCAUUCCUCAUCUUCAAAGAUAGACUUACCAUCUUUUUCUCUUUCUACAUCUAUCUCUCUGAAACCAUGGAAGGAGUGUCUUCAGCUGCCAUUGAAGUUCUUGUUCAAAACCUGAUCAACCUUGUCAAGGAUGAGUUCUCUCUACUUCGAGGUCUCGACAAAGAUGCCCACCAGCUGCAGAGGACUUUGGGGAUGAUCCAAGCCUACUUGAUUGAUGCUGAGAAGAAAUCCAUCACCCAAGAAUCUGUCAAGAUCUGGUUGAGGGAGCUUGAAGCUGUGGCGUUCGAUGCUGACAACGUCUUGGACGAACUCAGCUAUCUUCUCCUCCACAAAAAAGUGAAGAAAAUGAAGACUCCCAAAGGCAAGGAUAAGGUACUAUCAUGCUUCUCAUCCUUUAAUGGCAUUUUGCGUCGGCGUGAUAUGGCUCACACAAUUAAACAAAUCAUUUUGGAUUUUGAGUGUAUGAACAAAAGGGCAACAGAUCUUGGCCUUCAAAGCAUGGUUGUGAAUGCACUGGCUGCUGUUACUCAUACUUCCAUUGAGACGGAUUCGUUCAGUCUUGAUCCAAUCUUUAUUGGAAGAGAUGAUGACGUGCCUAAACUAGUUGACAUGCUCACCCAAACUCUACCACGGGAAAGGAUGUUCUCCAUCCUUGCUCUUGUGGGAAUGGGGGGUAUGGGGAAAACUACGUUGACAAGGAAAUUGUUCAAUCAUGAAAGGUUAAAGGUUCGAUUUGGAUCACUUAUUUGGGUUCAUGUUUCUCAAAAUUUUGAUCCAGUUAGCCUUUUCAACAAAAUACUUUGUAAGUUGACUAAAAAGACCAGUAAUGGAGUUGAGAGCAGAGAUAAUAUCUUAGAAAAGCUUCAAGAAGCUCUCAAGGGUAAAACCUAUCUUCUUGUUCUUGAUGAUGUAUGGAAUGAUGAUGUUAUGAAAUGGGAAGACUUUAUAAACUCCAUAUUGGGAGUUACUUCUACAAAGGGUAAUGGCAUUAUCAUCACCACCAGGAGUCAAAAGGUUGCUUCAAUUGUUAACUCAUUUCAUAUUCAUCUUUUGAAUGGCUUAUCAGAUGAAGAUUGUUGGUCCAUAAUCAAAGCCAAAACUUUUGAUGAAAAUGGUGAGGUUCCAUCAGCAUUUGAGAUGAUUGGAAGAAAGAUUGCUAAAAGAUGUCAGGGUUUGCCAUUAGCUACCAAUGUAGUUGGGGGAGUGCUUCGCGGGAAGUCCGUAGAAGAGUGGUGCUUCAUCAAUGAAAAUUGGGUUUCAGAUGGUGAAGGAGGUGAUAAUAUCUCAAAUAUAUUGAAAAUGAGCUUUGAUCACCUCUCUUCACCGUCACUGAAGAAGUGCUUCUCGUUUUGUUCAGUUUUCCCCAAAGGUCGGGAAAUUAAGAAGCAUGACUUGAUUGAACUAUGGAUGGCAGAAGGCUUUCUUCAACCAAGCGAAAGAGAUGACAUGGAGUGUGUGGGCAACAUGUUUUUUAAUGUGCUUCUACAAAACUCUUUGUUGCAAGUUGCAAAUAAAGAUGAUUAUGGAAAUGUUUCAGAGUGUGUGAUGCAUGAUCUUGUGCAUGAUCUUGCAUCUUCUACCUUAGCCAAUAAUGAAGGUGGCAGUACUCCACUGCGAUACAUGUUUCUCAACGAAGAAGCAAGUCCUAUUCCGAAAAAAGUGGCUAAGCAUAUGCGUACAUUAUUCUUGAAAUGUGAAACUUCUGGUACGAAGUUGUCAGACUUCGAAUGUUUGCAUAGUCUUACUCUUUCUGGUGGUUAUAAAGAGUUGCCGAAUUCAAUUAGGGGAUUGGUACAUUUGAGAAAUUUGAAUAUUUCCAAUUCAAAUAUUGUAAAGUUGCCGAAAUGGAUUGGUGAACUCCAUCACUUGCAAACAUUAAGAGCAAGCCGGUACAUAGAUGAACUGCCAAGUACGUUAAAGUAUAUGUUUAACAUAAGGCAUCUUCAUAUCUAUUCUAAUACAAAGUUGCCGGCGGAGAUUGGGAGAUUGACUAAUCUCCAAACACUACCUCACUUCACAGUGGACAAAGAAAAGGGCUACCAAAUUGAAGAGCUCGGAAGUUUGAAGAAUCUCAAAGGAACACUAGUGAUUUGUAAUAUGGAGAUGGUGCGUGAUAAGGAAGAGGCUCUGAAAGCAAAUAUGUUUCAAAAGCCAAACUUAUUUGAUUUGGUGUUUGAAUGGAGUGAUGAUAGAGAAGAUGAAAGAAAUGAUGAGAGUGUGUUGGAAGGCCUCCAACCUAAUGCAAAUUUGAAGAAGUUGGAGAUUUCAGGAUUCAAAGGAAAAAGGUUUCCAACAUGGUCUGAGAAGAUGACAGUACGUGAUGGGCCUCAAGGCCCUUGGGUACCGCUUCCCAACUUGAUUCAAAUCACAAUCUCUGAUUGCUCAGAAAUAGAGGAAAUCCCAACGCUGGAGCACUUGCCUAAUCUCAAGUCUCUUUCUUUGAAAAAAUUGAAGAAGGUGAGGUUCAUAAAUGCUUCAUUCAAUCAUUUAACGUCACUCGAAAUAAGAGAGUUAGAGGCAUUGGAAUGUCUGCCAGAAUGGUUAUUCUAUAACAAUCAAAAUCUCACAUUUUUGAACAUAUCAAAAUGCCGUGUGCUGAAAGAAUUACCAGAUGGCUUGAACACCCUCCAUUCUUUGGAGAGUUUGUAUAUUUCGGAUUGCGAGAAUCUGAAGUCGAUUGGGAAUCCAAGUGGCGAAGCAAGACAAUCACAGGGGAUCCUCCGUCGGCUGAGUAUUAGAAGGUGUGGAGAGCUAAUGGAAUUGCCGUGUGAAAUGCUAGAGUCGUGGGCCCCUACAAUUGAGGAUCUUGUAUUGGAAGGAUUAAGGAGGCUAAAGAAUCUACCAAUGCUAAUUGACUGUCUCGCUAAAUCAUCUCGUCGUCUCAUACAAUUGACAAUCAGAGGUGUUCCUAAGUUGAAGGGUGCUAGUAGUGGUAGUGUUGAGAGUUGGGAUCUUAGCAGCUUGAAAUCAUUAAGCAUGGAUGUGAGUGUGGAAUGGACAAGAGAGGAUAGUGUUGGCAUUGCAGAGACUGUGGAAGGGAUGCUGCAAACAUGCUCCAACUCACUGCGUUACUUAAGUUUGAAGGGGAUGGAAAAUUGGGAGUGGCUGCCCCAAUCAAUUCAACAUCUCACUGUUGUUUAUUCAUUAGAGUUGGAGAAUAUAGGAGUAGAAGAAUUGCCCCAAUGGUUGGGGAACCUCUCAUCUUUAAGAUGGUUAUAUCUAUGGAAUUGCAACAAGUUGAAGCGUCUGCCCUCUGUGGAUACAUUGAAGUAUUUAGAAAUUAGUGAUUGCCCGGAACUACGUAUUGAUUUGGAGUGGCGCAGCCACCAUCGCCAUCUGGAAAUCAAGUUCUAGAGCUUAAAAAGUCACAGUCUCGGAAUAACUUGAUAUUCACGCAGGACAUGUGAAACAGGAUAAGGAAUCAAACACUGAAUUUCGCUGAAGGAGUGUUCAUGCAUGAUGAAUUUUGGAAAAUCUUAAGAAGAUCGAACAUGAAAAAAAGAAAAGAAAUUGAGGGAGUAGAACACAAGGAAGGAGGAAGAUGGUAAAUCUUAAGAAGAUCUUCACAUCGAAGCACUCCAUGAUUUCACUAGUAUUAAUUUGAUUAUUUGUACUGUUUCAUAUUCUGUUGAGGUGAAUAUUUUAAUGAAGCAAUGGAUGGCUCUCUAUUUGCAAUU